AUGAUAACUGAGGGACUCUUCACGGCGCUUGUGCGACAGGCGUGGAGUAACCCGGCGGCAUUGCGUACUGAUGAUGGUGGCACAGAUGCCACUUACUACAAUCAACAUCAACAACAUCAAUUAGAAGAAGAAGAACAGCGAAGGCAAACUCAAUCUGCUGUUAAUCGUGGUAUGAGAUCUCCUACAGCUGCUGGUGCUAAUAAUAAUAAUAAUAGUACUACAGCUGCCCCACCAUCCUAUUCACCGUUAGAUCAUCCUGCUUUGUUAAUGGCAUAUUAUGAAGCCAGUUGUAAUGCUCUCUUACGAUAUCAUUAUGAUAUUCCUAUUUUACAACCACGAACAACUUAUCGAUUACCACGACGAACAUCUCCCGCCUCUGUUGGUCAUUCCCGUACAAGACCACCACGUCAUUCGGAGCGAAGUGAUAUGCGUGGAACUGCAGGACAUCGCACCUCACCGCCGUAUAUACAUUUACGUCGUGAUAGAGUUUUACCAUCCAUGUCUCCUGCAGCUGCGGCGGUGGCGGCGGGGACGGCAACAUCUGCAGAUAUGGCGUAUCGUGCGGGUCGAUAUACCGAUUUGCAGGGAACAGCAAAUACGAGAUCCAUGACAGCAGAACACGCACGUGGAAGUUGGGGACUUGCAGAUUUUGCAGAUGAGGAUGAGGAUGUAAGUACUACUAAUACUACUAAUACUGGUGGAGGUGGAGGAGGUCGUGGGAGUGUAUUUAUAGAAGGACGUCCUUCCUGGUCUCCGCGGCAAAGACGAUAUAGAGAAGCCUCCAGCGGUAGUCAUUACAAUUAUGGAAGUGGACCACGUGGGAGUUCCAGUAUUCCAUUGGAUAGACUUAAUUAUGGUGGGUUUGGGGAUGAAGAGGCGGAAGAAGAAGAAGAGGGUGAAAGAGAAAGAGAAGGUGGAGGAAAUGAUAUGGAUGAUGAGGAUGAUGAUGAUAAUGAAAGUGUAGAUGUGGUGCCUGAGGGAAGACGAACUGUACGGCUGGGAUCACGACCGAUGGUUCAUCAUCAUCAUCAUCAUCAUUAUUAUCAAUCCCGUCACUCAUCUCAUCAUCAUCAUUCAUCUCAACAUCCAUCUCAUCAUCAUCAUCACUCUCAUUAUUAUCAUCAUUAUCAUCAUCAUCAUAGUGGUGGGGUGCCAGAUGUGGUGCCGUUGUGGACUGCGGCCCAGAGAAGCAGCAGUAGAGGGAGUGUUAAUGGAAGUGCUCCGACGUAUGAAUGGCGAGAAGAGGGGGAUGAUGAUGAUGAGUUAUUGUCAUCACCAGAUAGUAAUUUGCAUACGACACUACGCGGUGAGGGAGGUAUUUAA